AUGCCAAAGAAUAUCAUCUCCAAGAAGUUCCUGCAACUUUUAUAUUCGUUCAAUACCAAUGACAGAUACGCCGACUAUGGUGGCGAUGGAGCUGGCUCUUCAUCAUCAAAGCUGAGGAAAUCAAGUCAGCGAGGGUUCCUGCAUUCGUCGAAAGACUUGAUCUCGUCUCCCACCCUCAAUGGUGGUGCCACCACCACCACCGCAUCAUCAUCCCGAAGAAGUUCAUGGUUUGGGUCGCCGAAAUUAACGUCCCCGGUAUUAGAUCAUUCGUUCAAUUCUCCUAAUAUGGCUCUUUCCGGAGACUUUGAUAUCCAUAACGAAGGGGUGAGCGAGACGAUUUUGGCGUGGCGACACGUUGAAUUAUGGACUAAUAAGCAUCAUAGCGAUUUAAAUGAGACUUUAAAUCCCCCGGUGACGAGAAAUGAUAUUGGGAUGGCAGAAAAGGAUUUGAACAUCGAGUUUCCUCCGUCGGUGGUGACGAGUCUUAGGAUCCACGACGGGCAAGAUUUCACCGGGUCAUUUAAGGAUUAUUGCGGGUUAUUUUUUGGAUUGGAAUUGAUGUCGCUUGACAAAGUGGUGGAAAUGACGAAAAACUGGCGGAAAGUUUCUGAUAAAGUCCUUGAUUCGAUCGUGCAAAACAAACUUAAUCACGAUAUUCUCAUGGGGUUAAAAUCCCCGGAAUUGACCCACGAUUCAGAGUUUCAUAAACGUACACACAAAGAAAAACAGCGCAGCACCAGUGCGGCAAAUUACCAAUCAUUAGAGACUUUCAACUACGAGGUAAACCCUAACUUGGAGCGUGAUUUAGAGAAAACUACUUUACAAUAUGAUAUCACUGAGAAAGAAGCCAAUAUUAGAGGGGUCAAAUCAAGUUUGUUGAAUCAAUUAUCGGUCCCUCCAAAUGCCAUUCAUGGAACUUACGCUCAUAGAGAUUGGAUCCCCCUCUUGACUGAUAAUUCCGGGAAUCACGUUGCUGUGGAUUUAUCGCCUGCCCCUGAUGGGACUUAUGGCCAAGUGAUUUUAUUUGGUAGAGAGUUUGAUACUAAAUACGUCGUGGCACCAACCUGGGGGGAUUUCAUGUUGAAUUUUGCUAAAGAUUUGGAAAGUGGUAAUUAUAUCAUUAGAAGUGAUGAACUAGUCGAUGAUAUCAUGGCCGGAGAAGGGGAGUUAUGUUAUUAUAGUCGUGAAACCAAGCAAGAAAUGGGGUAUUUUGAAGUAAUGAAGCAAAGAGCAGUCGAAGCAUGGCAGGCCCAACAACAGAUCAAAAUUUCAAAAAGGCAGCAUAGUAAACCAGCCUCUAUGGUGGUCGGUGGUGAGGAAGAGGUUGGACUUUAUAAUGAUAAUACCAAGAAUUAUUCGUACGAAGAAAGUGAAUUGUUAGAUAUUCCCGAAGGAUCGGCGUUGAAUUCCAGCUUCACCUUCGAUGAUAUCAGUGGAUUACACUUGGAAGAGUCGUCCAGGAUUGUGUCGCCAACAAGACUGGAAUCCCCAGUGAAGAAUUUGGUGAAUAUUUUGGAAGAGGAGCCGUCGAUGGAGAAUCCUGCAAAAAAUAACCCCUAUUCUUCAACAUCACUGUCGACAAUUGUCAGUCCUGAAGAAGUCGAAUUGAAAGUGGUGCAUCAAGAUACUCUUCCCGCAAAUGACGAUGAUGAUGCAAUUGGUAAAUUGGCAGGGAACUUUGAAAGUAUUGCAAUUUGA